AUGAGUUUACCAGCGAGAGGAUUUGUAGUCUUCCUUCUCUCUACACAAGUGGUUCAGGAUCUGACCACAGACUCAGAGUAUUCAGGUCGUGUAGAGGAUCUCUGUGAAAACAAGAUCUGCACUCUGAGAAUCAGAAACCUGAGAGAGAGCGACUCAGCUGAGUACUGGUUCAGGUUUGAUACCAUCCAAGAAGGUGGAUCAUAUAUUGGUAUACCUGGAGUCACUUUGUCUGUCACAGAUCCAGAUCUCCAGUUGAAGGUGAGCAGAGCAUAUUCAGACCAGGCAGAGCUGAAGUAUGCUCCGAAGCUCCCCUCUGUGUCAGUGAGUCCCUCUGCUGAGAUAGAGGAGGGCAGUUCAGUGACUUUGACCUGUAGCAGUAAUGUUAACCCAGCAGCUAACUAUACCUGGUACAAGAAGAAUGUCUUAAUAUAUUCCAGUGAAGAACAUCAGAUUGUCUUCAGCUCCAUCAAUUCCUCUGACUCUGGACAGUAUUUCUGUUCAGCUGAGAACGAGCUGGGGAGGAGGACAUCUGAAAACAUCUUUAUUGAUGUUAAAUAUGCUCCAAAGCUCCCCUCUGUGUCAAUGAGUCCGUCUGCUGAGUUAGAGGAGGGCAGUUCAGUGACUCUGACCUGUAGCAGUGAUGCUAACCCAGCAGCUAAAUACACCUGGUACAAGGAGAACCAAACAGUGUUUCAGGGAGUAGAAGGAAGUUAUAAAUUCAGCUCCAUCAGCUCUGAGGACAGAGGGAUCUACUACUGCAAGUCUGAGAAUCAAUAUGGAGAGAUCAACUCUACGUCUCUAUUUGUAGAUGUCCAGUGUGAGUAA